AUGGAGAAGAGUAAUGGCUGCAAAGUAUGCGUUACUGGAGGUGCUGGCUAUCUUGGUUCUUGGCUCGUCAAGAAGCUUUUAGACAGAGGAUACACAGUCCAUGCGACUCUAAGGAACUUGGAUGAUGUGUCCAAGGUGAGCCUGCUGAAGAGCUUUCCGGGCGCGGAUGCAAGGUUAGCGCUGUUCAAAGCCGACAUGUACAACCCAGGCGAGUUCGAGAGUGCGAUUCAUGGCUGCGAAUUCGUCUUCCAUGUUGCAACUCCCUUGCACCACACUGAGGGCUCUCAGUUUGAGAACACGACUGAAGCUACGAUUGCGGCGGCAAAGAGCAUAGCAAUGUCUUGUGUAAGAUCAGGAACAGUGAAGCGAUUAAUCUACACAGGCACUGUGGUUGCUGCAUCUCCACUCAAAGACGAUGGAAGUGUUUUCAAGGAAUUCAUGGAUGAAACAUGUUGGACGCCUUUGAAUCUAUCAAUUCCUUAUAGUAAUGAUUUUCUUAAGGACUACCAAGACUCAAAAACACUGACGGAGAAAGAAAUAUUGAGCUUUGGGGACAAAAAUUGUUACCCAUUUGAGGUGGUAACCCUCGCCUGUGGCCUUGUUGGAGGGGAUACACUUUUAUCAUUCGUACCCGGUAGCGUGGCAGUGUUGGUUUCUCAGCUCACAAACAAGGAGAUACAAUACGGUUUUAUGAAGUACGUGGAAGAAUUGCUUGGAAAAAUACCAAUAGUACACAUAGAUGAUGUCUGCGAAGCCCAUGUAUUUUGCAUGGAGAAUCGCUCGGUACGUGGUCGAUUCUUAUGCGCUCGCUCGUACAUUUCAUGCGCAGAAAUUGCCAGUUACUACCAAGAACAUCAUCCACAGUUUCAUCUGAAGAAAGAGUACUUGGAGGGGCCAAAGAGAAAAAUAGAGAUGGAUUCGUCAAAGCUAAUCAAGAAGGGUUUCGUUUAUAAAUAUGAUACCAAGAUGAUAUUGGAUGAUUCCCUCAGUUGUGUGAGGAGAAUGGGUGACCUAUAA